AUGAAACAAGAAGGGUCCAACACAACCACGGUGACUGAAUUUUUGCUUCUGGAACUCUCUGAUCAAUUUGAGCUGCAAAUGUUAUACUUUGUACUGUUCCUACUGAUUUAUCUGAUAGCCUUGACUGGCAACCUUCUCCUCAUCAUGAUUGUAGCUGUGGACCGCCAUCUUCACACACCCAUGUACCUUUUUCUGGCCAAUUUAUCCAUCCUUGAUAUCUUCUUCAUCUCAGUCACAAUCCCUAAAUCCAUCAAUGUCUCCUUGACCCAAAUCAGAUCUAUUUCCUUCUCUGGGUGCAUGAGCCAAAUCUUUUGGGGGGUCAACUUUGCUUCUGCAGAACUAGCUCUCCUUACUGUCAUGGCAUAUGACCGCUACAUUGCCAUCUGCUUCCCACUCCAAUAUCAUGUGAUAAUGAAUAAGAUGAAAUGUGCCGGCAUGAUAGCUGGUUGUUGGAUAAGCAGUACAAUCUAUGCAAUGCUGCAUGCAAUGAAUAUCAUUUUCUUGCCAUUUUGUGGUCCAAACAACGUAGAUCAGCUUUUUUGUGAUAUCCCCCAAAUACUAAAGCUUGCUUGUGCUGACACCUUUGGCAAUGAAACUGCAGUCUUUGCAUGUGGCAUUGUGUUUGGUUUGAUUUUCUGUUCUUCAAUCAUUGUAUCUUAUGCUCACAUAUUUUCUGCAGUGCAAAAAAUCCCUUCUUCCCAUAGCAGGUACAAAGUUUUUUCUACAUGUUUGCCUCACCUUAUUGUUUUUUCUUUAUUUCUGUUUACUGGGAUGUUUACACACAUGAAGAGAAGCUCAGGGUCAUCAAUCUCUAAGGAACUCCUGGCAGCUUUACUAUAUUCUGUAGUGUCACCAAUAGCCAACCCAGUCAUUUACAGUUUGAGAAACAAAGAGAUCAGGAAAGCACUUGAGAAAUUCAUGAAUAAAGUAAUCUUCAAUCAACACGUGCUGACAACAAAGUAA